AUGAUGUUGACGCUGACAGUCGAUUGCUGGGCCCUGGAACGAGCAGAUGUCGCCGUCACGGCUGUCACGGCCGCAGCGAGGAGGCAGCGUCAAGUGGCAGAGGUCAGAGUGGAGGUAGAGACCCUGAGCGAGGGUAUCCAGCAAGUGGAAGACGCAGCAGAAGCUCCCAUUCUGUUGCAGGCGUUCCGCCAAGAGCUGGUUUCGCUGAAGGACGAGGUGCAGGCGCUGCGGAAGGCCAAUGCCUUGCUAUCUGGCUUGCACGGGGAGGAGAAGCGGCGGGCUGCCCAACGGGUGGCGGCCAAGCAACUCCAACAGGAGGCUACAAAGUUGGGCUCAAGCCGAGCAAUGCUGGAGAAAGGUGAGAAACGGGCUGGACUGGUGCAACGUUGCCUUGAAGAGGUACAUGCCCGCUUGGACAGUGCCAAGAUGGGAAAAAUCCAGGCAGAAAACGAAAUCAACCAGCUGACGCCAGCCUUCGCGGAGCUAGGGCGGCACUUGGAGAUUGCGGAAACAGACCGCCGUUGGUUGCAAGGAGAACUGGACAAGUUGAGGCAAGCCUCUGGGGGCCUCCGAGCAGAGAUCGUGCACCUCAGAGAGGUGAGAAAUGCGGUGAAUGCUAUGCCACCUGAGGACUCCAAAGAGUCACGGAUGAGUGUAGGUCGCGCCGGCUUGGACCGUUUCGCCACGUUGCAGCGGCGCUUGGCCACGGCGGCUCCACAAUUGAUGCCCUUGUGCACUCGAGCACGUUCCAGCAUGGAGGAAUUGCUCGAGUGUUGUGAGCGUUUGGAGGAGCGACAGAAGCGUCUUCAACAGGUCGCUCCACUGGGAAAUGCUUCCGAAGUUCGCGAUGGCAUCAGUCAUGCCAGUAAGGGCUCAGGUGCUAUGGAGCAGAGGCGUAAAGGACCUCUGCCGCGUUCGCGGAGUGCAGAGACCGUCGGCGCAAGGUCCGCUACGGUACCUACGGUGCCUCCCCGGAGUCCUCGCUCCGCUCGGCAGGAGCAGAGCGUAGUAGGGAGCGGUGUGGGAAGCUACGAGGUGACUCUGACUGCAACGGGGGAGGACGAUUGUGACGUCGGCUGGGAUCGAUCCAACGGAACAGCCUUGCAGGGCAUCAAAGGGGCCAACUGGAGGAAGGCGCUGGAAUGGCUUCAACGGGCACCAGAUGCCGUGGUGAUAUGCAAUGCAUGUGCAAACAGCUGCUCCAAAGCACAUCACUGGCAGAUGGCCUUAACUCUGACGUCUCAGGUGACUUGGAAACGUUUGGAAGCCACAGAAGUCACUUGCAACACUGCCAUCCAGGCGGUGGUCCGCGGUGGUCGCUGGCACCAGGCGCUAGAGCUGGCAUAUCUGGCCUUUCCCCAGGUGCGUCGCGACGCCGUGACCUGGAACAGUGCGGCGGACGCCGUGAGUCGCAGCAGUGAUGGAGUCCAAUGGGCGCUGAGUCUUGAGUUGCUGAGCCUGGAAUCACUCGGCCUUGAGCCGGACGUCAUCACUGAGAGCCUCCGCGCAGCCGCACUAAAGGGUGCCAACGGCCACGGGCACAGCGCCGUAUGGCGGAACGCGUUGGAAUUCGCAGGCACGAAGUCGCUCUGGGUCACCACCAGCGCCCUGGGUGCCUUCAGCAGCGCCCAGUGGCGCCAUGUGCUGCGGAUGCUGACGGCCGUGGACGUGGAUGCCCAGGCCUUGAGCGUGGCAUCUAAGCUCUGUCAGGAAAGUUGGCAUUGGGCACUACAUUUACUCGAAGAGGUAGACCGUCCAGAUGCCGUCGCAAUCAGUUCAGCCAUGACCGCCCUAAGUUUGGCCUUGAAUUGGGAGCGCGCUUUGACGUUGUUCCAUCGCCUUCCACCGCGAAAGCGCGAUGUGGUUUGCUAUGGAGCUGCCAUGACUGCAGCGGCUGCAGGGAAACACUGGGAAUUGGCACUGUUUUGGCUGUACGAGAUGGCCGGCCAUGCAGUGGCGCCCAACCUGAUCACUUACAACGCGGCCAUCAACGCGUGCGAAGAGGGCCUUCAAUGGGACCGUGCGCUCACCUUGCUGCAAGUCAUGGCCAGCUCAAAGGUCACUGCCGAUGUCAUCAGCUACAGUUCCUGCAUUGCCGCCUGCGGUCAGGGGCAGCGCUGGGCUGAUGCCAUGGCUUUUCUAAAUGAGAUGCGCGAAGAGCAGCUGCAAUGGAACAUCAUUGCUUUGAGCUCUGCUGUGAGCGUUUGUGAAAAGGCCGGCCGAUGGGAGUUGGCAUUGGACCUGCUCCAGCAAGCAUGGCAACUGAAAUUGGAAGUGAACACGGUGACCUACAACGCGGCAAUCAGUGCUUGUGAGAAGUGUAGCCAGUGGGAGAUGGCCCUGCAACUCUUCGACGACAUGGAACUGCUCCAGAUCUCCCGCAGCAUGAUCACCUCUGCAGCCAUCAUCACGGCCUGUGCUUCAGCAGCUUCCUGGCUCCAUGCCACAGAACUCUUGGAGCUGCAAAGUAAGGACCCCACGCAGCAAGUGGGUGUACGUUUCGCAGCCCUGGCCGCCACCUGUGUUGCCUGUGAAGCUGCUGGCGCUGUGGCGACGAUGCCCAAGGUGUUGAAGGAAAUUAGCGAAAGCAACGAGGUGUUGGCCGUGGAGUUGCUUCACAACCAUGGGCUGUUGUGCAGUGCUGCAGCUGCUCGUUUGAAGCGGAAGAUGUGGCAUCCCAUGCUGCUCCGCUGCAGCACGUUGACCAAAAGUGGAAGCACUGGAACCUGGAGACUUUAUGAUCCUAUUUUGGAGCAGGAGUCUUUUUUGAGCACCGUUUUCACCAUGGACAUGCUGCAUCAGCUGCAGCUGGACAUCCCACAUCACAGGUCCUGGCUCCCCACGGCCCGUCACCGCUCGCGGCGCGCGUCGGAUCGGCGCUCGCGUCGCGCGGAUCCGACGCCGGAGCCGAACGCCAAGGGCAUCGCGGCGUGGACGGCGGUGCGGAUGCAACGCGGAGACGCAGAGGUGAUGUGUGCCUUGGUGACCUUGGUGGAACACCGGAGGUCCAAAAGAGUGAGUUGA